AAAGCCAUGGCGGGACACCAGAGGGAGAAGGUGAUUCCAGAUGAGGUCCAUCAGAACCAGAUCUUCCGGGAGCUGUACCUCAAAGAGCUACGGACUCAGAAACUCUACACGCAAUAUCACGUGAAUCCCCUACGCAAGGGGAAACAAAUUAAUGUCCAACUAUGUUUAACCAUGGAAUGUGCCAACAAUAUCCUGCAGACAGCAUACUAGACCAUGUCACACCAGGACAUGUCCACACAAUAGCAAGAAAGCCUAUGUCUUGGCAUGAUAACCUGGAGGAACCUGCAGAUGCCAGAUUUCUUAAUCUCAUUCACCAUGCACACCAAGGACCAAGAAAGAAAUACUCAGAGACCCAGACUGAAGCUCAGGAGAUCGGAUGGGACUCUGAGCCCUUGGUCAAUCCUGAACGUGACGACCACAGGCUUAACCACUUCAGGGUCUACAAUGACAUCACGUUGUACAAGGCUAAAAUGUGGAGUUUGGGGGAAGAUGAUCGCCACAAAUAGCAUUGCUGCAGUGGAGUCCGUCCCUGCGCUGAACGCUCACCUGUUCAUGGUCCAGGGAAAUAAAGUUGACUUUAAAGCUCAA